AUGGAUAAAAAAGGCAUAAAGAGAAAAAUCUUGUUGCGUAACCAAGCAUCAACACGACAAGAUAGUCUGUCGUCUAUGGUGCAAUGUGUAAUACGACAACGACAAAGUCAACGACAACUUCAACAACAACAACGACACAAAGCUCAUUCAUUGACAGAGAAAGAGAAAAGAUACAUUUUUUUUGUUGUCUCUGCCACCCCCGCCUAUGUUAUUUCACUUCGUUUAACAACCAUUAUCUUAUCAUCCAAGGAUGGCAAUUCUAUAGAAUCUCAGAUGAUAAGCUUUCAAAAUAUCAGCAAAUUAAAGUAUCUGAUAACAUGCAUCAAAAGUAAACAUUCAGCAUUUCUGUGUCUCGUUCCGUUCCCUCUUUGUCAUUGUUUACGAAUUGUUCACAACAAAUAUUUUAUCGUCAUUAUCGAGAUGACUGGAAGCAAUGAAAGCUUUCUCUAUGAUAAAUAA